UCAAUUGCAUCCAAGCCAACAACCAAAUCCUCAGAGCUCUCGCAACCAACAUUCCAACAAUAGCUAGCCAUCUUACGCACAGCAAGAAACACCAAGAGAAAAGAAGAUAUAACAAGCACAAUUUUUUCACCGGAUUGCGCACAUACACCAGCUGAAAUCAUUGCACUCGAUCGAUUGCCAUUCCCAUCUGCACAAUGCCGUUCUGUUGCGUAGAGUGCAAGACAUGCAAUGGCAUGCCCGCGCUCUUCAAGUGCCGGCGCCCGACGCUCCAGCUCCGCCGCGUGUUUGGCAAGAUGAAGAUGGGCGGCCGCCGCCGCCGCCGCGCCGGCAGCUUCAGCUCCGUCCGCGCGGUCUUCUGGCCGCUCAUGUCCAUGCGCUCCGACGUCGACGCCCGCAACGACGUCGCGAUCGACCCCCCGCCGAGCGCCUCCACCGACGACAGUGGCGCGCGGGCGCCGUCGCCGUCACUGGACAACGACACGCCCGGCGCGGCGUCGACGACGGCCGCGCGGGUGCUAGCGCUGCAGGCCCGGCUCGGCGAGGCCGUGUCGCCGCUGACGAAGGCGGCGGCCAAGGUGGACAGCAUCAACGUGCAGGCAGCACGUGACCGCGCCAGCGUCGGCGGCGGUGACCGCGACGUCGACGACGUGGAGGAGGCGUGCAGGAGCUUCGAGAAGCACCUGUUGGAGAUGCUGGUGGAGGAGCGGAAGGUGAUGGACCUCACGGACGUGGAGGAGCUGCUCUGCUGCUGGGAGAAGCUCAAGUGCCCGGCGUUCGUGCAGCUGGUGGGCCGCUUCUACGGCGAGCUCUGCAUGGACCUCUUCUCCGGCGUGUCAUCUGAAUCAGAGGAUUUAGCUGUUUGACUUGGCUAUAGCCAAUGAAGGCCUUUCUUCCAUGACAGGUGGGCCCGGCAUUGGAUAGUUUGACCGUUCUAUGUUUUGCCAUUGCUUUGUGGCAUGGCUCUAGCUUGCAUCCGUACAGAUACAGGAUAACUCGGACACAUGAAGCUACCAUUGAGCUGUC